AUGUACGAACGAGAAAAAUCCCUAAAAUUGCCAGAUUCGUUCAACUUUCCCUUCACUCCGUACGAAAUUCAGCAGGAUUUCAUGCGACAAUUGUUCAAAACGAUCGAAACGAAAGGAAUUGGCAUCUUUGAGAGUCCCACAGGCACGGGAAAGACCUUAACUCUGACCUGCGGAGCCCUAACUUGGUUGUUGCAGCACGAAAAAGCCGUCAACGAAGAACUUCAAGACCGAAUUUCGAAGCUAAAUCAUGAAAUCCGCGAAUUAGACAAAGAAAAUUCGACAUCAAACGAUUGGAUCAGCGGUCAAUACGAGACUUUACAAAAAAAGCAACUCCUGUCGCAGCUGAAAAGUGAAUUCGACGCCUUGCUGGAGUACCAAAAACGCAUCAAAGACAUCCGAAGUAGUCGAAAACUCCAAGUUGAGAUACAAAAAUUCAUCAAAUCCAAGGAAAAAGUUGAUGAAUUAACGGAAAAAGUUGAUCCGAGCGACGAAAAUGACUUGGAAGACCAAUUUUUGAUCGACGAUGCGUCAAGUAACGACAGUUUCGAAGAAAUUUCCGAUGAAAACGACAAAUUUCACGACACGAAAAUAUUUUUUUGCAGUCGAACGCAUUCGCAAUUGUCGCAAGUCGUGCAAGAAAUCAAAAAAACUGUGUUUGGAGCGGAAACUCGUGUCACGGCAUUAGCUUCGCGUCAAAAUUACUGCAUAAAUCCGGAAGUCAAAGCGCUAAAAACGAACUCUUUGAUCAACGAACGUUGUUUGGAGCUCCAAAAAGGGUCAAAAAGCACCACGAGAGCCCGCGAUGUCGAUGGAAAAGCCACAAAAAAGUCAAAAACCGCCAAAAAGUGUCCUUUUAAUUCAAAUUCCGCGCUGGAAAAGCUCAAAAAUGAAUCUUUAUCGGAAAUAAUGGACAUCGAAGACCUCGUAAAAGUCGCGAAACAGCACAAGGCAUGUCCAUAUUACUCGUCACGGCUCGCAGCGAGCGAUUCGCAAGUCGUCAUGGUUCCGUAUCAGAUGAUUUUGCACAAAAAAACACGCGAACAGCUCGGAAUCAAUGUAAAAGGCGCCGUUUUGGUCAUUGACGAGGCUCACAACCUUCUCGACACAAUUUCAGCCAUUCAUUCCGCGCAAAUUUCGUUAAAAGAGCUCCUCGAGCUGCGAGAACAGCUGGAAAAUUAUAAAAAACGAUAUUUAGCGAGAUUUUCCGCCAAAUCCGUGCUCAGGAUCAACCAAUUUAUUUACGUGGCAAAAAGAUUGAUCGCCUUAAUUAAAAAUUCCGAAGCCAGUAAGAUGAUUUCCGUCUGUGAACUUCUCACGGAGACGGAAUUGUUCGACAUUAAUAUCUCCGAGCUCUGUCGAUUUGCCAAAGAUACGCGAUUGGCGGAAAAAUUGCACGGAUUUGCCGUUAGUGAAAGUCGAAAGGAGAAAAAAACGGAAAAAAUUGAGAAAAAAGAAGGAAUUAAGUCGUAUUUGAAGCAGUUGGAAGAGCAAAAUAAACCGAAAAAUAAUAAAAAUGCGGAAAUUGAAGCUCCGAUGAAGGAAAAAUCGCUUGAAGAAAGAGAAAAUGUGCAAAUUUUAACGAAUUCGAUAAGACCCUUCCUCUCGUUGCUCGAAUGUUUCCUCGAAGAAUUCGAAGAUGGAAGGAUUUUGGUGUCGCAGGGCAAGGAAACGUUCAUUAAAUAUCUUGUUUUGAAUCCGGGAGCGCAUUUUAAGGAUCUUGUAGAGCAAUGUCGAGCAAUAAUUUUAGCGGGCGGAACGAUGCAACCAACAACAGAAUUAACGGAACAACUCUUCCCCGAUUGCAAGGAUCGAGUAAAUAUUCAUUUGUACAACCACGUAGUCAAACAAGAAGCUGUCUUGCCGCUCGUUUUCAGCAAAGGACCCACAGGAAAGGAAUUUUUAUUUAAUUUUAGCAACAAAGGAGAUCAAAAUUUGCUAAGGGAACUUUCAUCAACACUCGUGAAUAUUUGCAACGUAGUUCCUGCUGGAGUCGUUUGUUUCUUCUCAUCUUACGACACUUUGGAGAAUUUUAACAAAUUUUUCAGCGAAAACGGAUUUUUAGAAAGUGUUUCGAAGAAAAAACGAGUAUUUUUGGAGAAACGAAUUGGAGUGCAAGCGGAAACUUUGCUCGAUCAAUACUCGAAAGCGAUUAAAUUUUUGAAAAAUAAUCCGAAAGAAUCUCAAAACGGUGCCUUGUUACUAAGUGUCGUCGGCGGCAAACUAAGCGAAGGCUUAAAUUUCUCCGAUGACCUUGGGCGAUGUGUAAUUGUCGUUGGACUUCCAUAUCCGAACAAAUUUAGUCCCGAGCUCUCGGAAAAAAUGAAAUAUUUGGAUAAAAAUUUGGCUUUUGGCGCUGGCAACGAAUAUUACGAGAAUUUGUGCAUGAAAGCCGUCAAUCAGUGCAUUGGAAGAGCAGUUCGUCACAUUAACGAUUACGCGAGUGUUGUUUUGCUUGACGUUCGGUAUAGUCAGGAGAAAAUAAGAAAAAAACUUCCACAAUGGAUUGAACGGGGAAUUGUGAAUGUCGAGACUUUUGGGCGAGGUCAAGUUAGUUUAGUGAAAUUUUUUAAAGAAAGGAAUUAAAAAAAAAUAUUUUUAAAAUUAAUUUUUAA